AUGAGUGAAUUAGUUUGGGGUAUUAAAAAUGGUGAUAUUGAUCAAGUUAAAGAUAUUGUUGAAAAAAAUAAAAUUGAUGUGAAUGCAUUAAUUGACGGCAGAGUGCCCCUUCAUUAUGCCGCAGAUUACGGCCAGACAGCUGUUGUGAACUACUUGCUAGACAAAGGAGCCGAUCCCAAUAUGGUAGACAAGCAUGGCAUCUCUGUAAUUCUGGCAGCUAUAUGGGAAGGGCAUACAGACUGUGUGAAAACACUAUUAAAACAUGGAGCAUCCAAAAAUGGGAAAACACCGGAUGGUACACCAUAUAUUGAAGCAGCAGAAAAAGAAGAGAUCAAGGAAUUACUUACAUAA